UUUUCAUUUAUUUACUUUGUUUUAAUUAACUUCUAGCAUACAAACACAAAUAAAUGUGCUGCCCUACAUAACAAGGUAUCAGGAACUGGGCUUUGAACUGCGAUUCCACAGGCAACGAAAACUGUACAUCCAUCACCCUAAGAUCGCCCUCGGAGGCCGGUAAUAAAUGUUACCAUAUGCGUAUAUUGUUUUUAUACUGACACUGUAUUCAGUGUGGCAUCAACUGAAAAUAUUCAAGCUAGUGUAAUAGCAAAUUUGCUGAUUUUAGCUCAAGAGCUCAAAGAAACAUGCACGAGCAGUCUGCGAAAAAAUGGAAAAGUCUUCGACAGCAGUUCAAAGAAAGGCUGAACUCGCUUCCUAGACAAGCCUCAGGCGGUGCUGCUCACACGGCUCCAGUACAGUGGCCGUAUUUCGAGGCUAUCAUGUUCUUACGAGAUAAUUUUGAACCUAGAGCGACUAGUGGGAAUUUGGAUCCCGUGGAUACCAGCGAUACGACUGAACACAACAGCGAGUAUAGUUCUCAUUUUGAUGAAGCUCAAAGCCAACCAACAACAUCUUUAUCAUCACCACUUUCACCAGUGUCUUCUAAUCGCACUGAGACACCACCAAACUCUACACCUGCUGAACGUAGGGCCUACAGGAAGAGACCACGACCUGUAGACCCAAUUGCAAUUCAGUUGAUAGAAACUGAAAAAGAGAAUUUGCAUAUGCACAAAGAAAAAGAGUUUCUGUUAUCAGAAAAAAACGAUGAAGGUGUAGUUUUCUUCAUGUCUCUUAUUCCUCACGUGAGAGGCAUGACUCCUUUAGACAAAAUGUCGCUCAGAAUAGAUGUGCAGAAACUAGUUAUGGAAAGACAGAUCUUUGGAUCAAAGUUACAGAGGAUACAAUGAAGCUUCGCAACAGUAUAUACAUAUUCAUCCAUCUACUUCAAAUAUUAGUGCUGAGAAUGGAUCCAUCAGAUUUGCCCCGGGAAUAGCACUUAGUAACCAACAUUGUACAGUUAAUGGUGUACAAACAACAAGCCCAGGUGAGAAGAUAACUGGUGGUACAGACUACAAUCGCCCAGAUGAAGUGGAAGUAAGUUUUGUGAAUGUCAAGGACCCGCAUUAUAACCGAGCUUAAAAAGGGGACUAAAUAAACCUUGUCACAUUAUAAGGCACUUUUGAAAUGCACUUAGAAUUGGUUAAAAUAAAAUAAAACUAUCAGAUAUGUA